CACAACCAAUCUUACAAGGCACACAAGAACGGCAUCAAAAAGCCAAAGAGGCACCGUCACACUUCCACCAAAGGGAUGGAUCCUAAGUUUCUCAGGAACCAGAGGUAUGCAAGGAAGCACAACAACAAAAAUGGGGAAAUCGCCACCGAAGAAGAGUAAACUGUCUUUUUGAAUCCAGCUCUUAAUGUUUUACUUUAAAUCUGUCUCGUCUUGUGUAGUAGUAUUUUCCGAGCUUUAUUUUUAAUGCAGUGAAAAUGCAGUACUCUAUAAGCUUUUUUGCUGGUUUUUGUUGAACACUAUUUGAAUUUUUAUCAUAUGAAUAUUUAGUUGAUUGUGUUCUAGCACAUUUUUUCAGUUA